CUCUCUUUGUGGGCGCACAAUCUCUCUCUUUGUCCACAACGGCGCUCCGUACAUUUAUAGUCUACAGAAGAACUGAAUGCUAGAAAGCUUACGGUAAACCAUUCAUCUGCUUUAGAUAUGCAACAGCAAGACCUCGGCUGUUCUUGAACUUCAAUUACAAAUUAGCUGGAGGAUGUCCACCCCAGAUCCUCCGUUAGGAGGGACCCCACGACCUGGCCCUUCCCCAGGACCAGGACCAUCUCCUGGAGCGAUGAUGGGGCCGGGGCCAUCUCCCAGCCCCUCCCACAGCAUGAUGGGCCCAAGUCCUGGACCUCCCACCACAUCUGGCCAUGCCCUCCCACAGCAGGGACCAUCUGGAUACACACAGCAAGAGAGUGUGCACCAAAUGCACAAACCUCUGGAGAGCAUGCAUGAGAAGAACAUGGGAGAAGACUCUCGCUUUGGUCAGAUGAAAGGAGUGGCAAUGAGAUCAGGAGGUCAUGCUGGCAUGGGGCCCCCACAGAGUCCCAUGGACCAACAUUCACAAGGUUAUCCCUCUCCCCUGGGUUCCUCCGAUCAUGUCUCCAGCCCUCCUUCCGCUCCUCUGCUGUCCUCCUCCACCUCCUCCACACCUCUGGAGGGCGCCGACUCCCAGCAAACCCGACCUGGCACCCAGAGUGGUGGGUCAGGCUCCGGGAGCAGCACCCCAGGCUCUUCCACCAACCCAACGCCCUUUAACCAGAACCAGCUGCACCAGCUUAGGGCGCAGAUCAUGGCAUACAAGAUGCUGGCGCGUGGGCAGCCUCUCCCCGACCACCUGCAGAUGGCAGUACAGGGCAAGCGGCCCAUGCCAGGUAUGCAGCAGCAGGGCCAGGCCAUGCCAAGUCUGCCUUCUGGUGGAGGAGGGGGACCUAGUGUGGGCCCAGGACCUAUGGGCCCCAACUAUAACAGAGGCCAUGGGUUGACGGGCCCCAACCUGCCCCCACCGGGUUCUUCUGGAGGUCCCCCUGGCAUGCAGGGUCCCCCUGCCAAUGGGCCCCCCAAAACCUGGCCUGAAGGUCCCGUGGUGAACGCAGCGACCCCUUCCAACGCCCCUCAGAAGCUGAUCCCGCCCCAGCCGACAGGCCGUCCCUCCCCUGCUCCACCUUCGGUGCCCCCAGCUGCUUCCCCCGUCAUGCCUCCCCAGACACAGUCUCCAGGGCACCCGAGUCACCCAGUCCAGACCGCACCCAUGAUCCCCCUGCAUCAGAAACAGAACCGCAUCACUCCCAUUCAGAAGCCCUGUGGACUGGACCCCGUGGAAAUCCUGCAGGAGAGGGAGUAUCGGCUCGAAGCACGUAUAACACACCGCAUCCAGGAGCUGGAGAAUCUUCCGGGCUCUCUAGCAGGAGAUCUGCGCACAAAGGCCACGAUAGAGCUCAAAGCCCUCAGACUGCUCAACUUCCAGAGACAGCUUCGUCAGGAGGUUGUGGUGUGUAUGCGGCGUGACACAGCUCUCGAGACGGCUCUGGAUGCCAAGGCCUACAAGCGGAGUAAGAGACAGUCACUUCGAGAGGCACGUAUCACCGAGAAACUGGAGAAACAGCAGAAGAUCGAGCAGGAGCGUAAACGACGACAGAAACACCAGGAAUAUCUGAACAGCAUACUCCAGCAUGCCAAAGACUUUAAGGAGUAUCAUCGUUCCAUCAGUGGAAAGAUCCAGAAGCUGACUAAAGCUGUGUCAACAUACCACGCCAACACGGAGAGAGAGCAGAAGAAAGAGAAUGAGCGCAUUGAGAAAGAGAGGAUGAGGAGGCUGAUGGCAGAAGAUGAGGAGGGCUACCGGAAGCUGAUUGACCAGAAAAAGGACAAGCGUCUGGCCUACCUGCUGCAGCAGACCGACGAGUACGUGGCCAGCCUCACCGAGCUCGUGCGCGCCCACAAGGCCGUGCAGGCGCUCAAGGAGAAGAAGAAGAAGAAGAAGAAAAAGAAGAAGAAGUUGGAAAAUGCCGAGGGGCAGCCUGUGGCGCUAGGGCCGGACGGAGAGCCGCUGGACGAGACGAGUCAGAUGAGUGACCUACCAGUGAAGGUGAUCCACGUGGACAGCGGGAAGAUCCUGACAGGGGUAGACGCCCCUAAAGCGGGACAGCUGGACACCUGGCUGGAGAUGAACCCUGGAUAUGAGGUGGCUCCAAGAUCAGAUAGUGAGGACACAGGGACUGAGGAAGAGGAGGAGGAAGAGGAGGAGCAGCUGCAGCCAUCACAGGCUCCUGUGGAGGAGAAGAAGAAGAUUCCAGAUCCUGACAGUGAAGAUGUAUCAGAGGUGGAUGCCCGUCACAUCAUCGAGCAUGCCAAACAGGAUGUGGAUGAUGAGUAUGGUGGCACCGCGAUCAUGUGUGGCCUACAGUCCUACUACUCCGUGGCUCAUGCUGUCACUGAGAAGGUUGAGAGGCAGUCCUCCCUGCUGAUCAAUGGGCAGCUCAAACAGUAUCAGAUAAAGGGUUUGGAGUGGUUGGUGUCUCUGUAUAAUAAUAAUCUGAAUGGGAUUCUGGCUGAUGAGAUGGGAUUAGGUAAAACCAUUCAGACUAUUGCACUUAUCACCUACCUCAUGGAGUACAAACGCCUCAACGGACCCUAUCUCAUCAUCGUACCUCUUUCGACUCUCUCUAACUGGGUGUAUGAGUUCGACAAAUGGGCACCAUCUGUAGUGAAAGUCUCUUACAAGGGCUCCCCCGCAGCCCGGCGAGCGUUCGUACCUCAGCUGCGGAGCGGCAAGUUCAACGUCCUCCUCACCACCUAUGAGUACAUCAUCAAAGACAAGCAGGUGCUGGCCAAGAUCCGCUGGAAGUACAUGAUCGUGGACGAGGGCCACCGGAUGAAGAACCACCACUGCAAGCUGACACAGGUGCUGAACACGCACUACCUGGCGCCCAGACGGGUCCUGCUCACGGGCACGCCGCUGCAGAACAAGCUGCCCGAGCUCUGGGCCCUGCUCAACUUCCUGCUGCCUACCAUCUUCAAGAGCUGCAGCACCUUCGAGCAGUGGUUCAACGCCCCCUUCGCCAUGACCGGCGAGAAGGUGGACCUGAAUGAGGAGGAGACCAUACUGAUCAUUCGACGCCUGCACAAAGUGCUCCGCCCCUUCCUGUUACGCAGGCUGAAGAAGGAAGUGGAAGCUCAGCUUCCUGAGAAGGUGGAGUAUGUGAUCAAAUGUGACAUGUCAGCGCUGCAGAGAGUUCUGUACAGACAUAUGCAGGCCAAAGGUGUUCUGCUCACCGAUGGAUCAGAGAAGGACAAGAAGGGUAAGGGUGGCACUAAAACUCUGAUGAAUACUAUCAUGCAGCUGAGGAAGAUCUGUAAUCAUCCCUACAUGUUCCAGCAGAUCGAGGAGUCAUUUUCAGAGCACCUGGGUUUCUCUGGAGGUAUAGUUCAAGGCCCUGACCUGUACCGAGCAUCUGGAAAGUUUGAGGUAUUGGACCGAAUUCUUCCCAAGCUCCGAGCGACCAAUCACAAAGUGUUGCUCUUCUGCCAGAUGACAUCAUUAAUGACCAUUAUGGAAGACUACUUUGCCUACCGCAACUUUAAAUACCUGCGUCUGGAUGGCACCACCAAGGCGGAGGACCGGGGCAUGCUGCUGAAGACAUUUAAUGACCCCGAGUCGCAGUACUUCAUCUUCCUGCUGAGCACCAGGGCCGGCGGCCUGGGCCUCAACCUGCAGAGCGCCGACACGGUGGUCAUCUUCGACAGCGACUGGAACCCGCACCAGGACCUUCAGGCUCAAGACCGAGCUCACCGGAUUGGGCAGCAGAACGAGGUGCGCGUGCUGCGUUUGUGCACAGUGAACAGCGUGGAGGAGAAGAUCCUGGCCGCCGCCAAGUACAAGCUCAAUGUGGACCAGAAGGUCAUCCAGGCGGGCAUGUUUGACCAGAAGUCCUCCAGCCAUGAGCGCCGGGCCUUCCUGCAGGCCAUCCUGGAACAUGAGGAGCAGGAUGAGGAGGAGGAUGAAGUUCCAGAUGAUGAGACUGUGAAUCAGAUGAUUGCGCGGAGUGAAGAGGAGUUUGAUCACUUCAUGCGGAUGGAUCUGGACCGUCGCCGCGAGGAGGCGCGGAACCCCAAACGCAAGCCCCGGCUGAUGGAGGAGGACGAGCUGCCGACCUGGAUCAUGAAGGAUGACGCAGAGGUGGAGCGGCUUACCUGUGAGGAAGAGGAGGAGAAGAUGUUCGGCCGUGGCUCGCGACAGAGAAAGGAGGUGGACUACAGUGACUCGCUCACCGAGAAACAGUGGCUCAAGGCAAUAGAGGAGGGCACCCUGGAGGAGAUUGAGGAGGAAGUGCGGCACAAAAAGACGACCCGGAAGAGGAAGCGGGACCGUGACCCCGAAACAGGGCCGUCUACCUCUGGGACCCGUGGGGGGAGGGACAAAGAUGAGGACAGUAAAAGACAGAAGAAGCGGGGACGACCCCCAGCCGAGAAGCUGACCCCGAAUCCCCCCGCACUCACCAAGAAAAUGAAGAAGAUUGUGGAUGCUGUCAUCAAAUACAAAGAGAGCAGCAAUGGCCGCCAACUGAGUGAGGUGUUCAUCCAACUUCCGUCUCGCAAAGAGCUUCCAGAAUACUACGAGCUGAUCCGCAAACCCGUCGACUUCCGCAAGAUCAAGGAGCGCAUCCGUAGCCAUCGCUACCGCAGUCUUAACGAUCUGGAGAGAGAUGUGAUGCUGCUGUGUCAGAACGCCCAGACCUUCAACCUGGAGGGCUCUCUGAUUUAUGAGGACUCCAUCGUACUGCAGUCAGUGUUCACAAGCCUGCGGCAAAAGAUUGAGAAGGAGGAAGAGAGUGAUGGAGAGGACACAGAGGAAGAAGAGGAGGAGCAGGAUGAAGGCUCUGAGUCUGAAUCACGCUCUGUGAAGGUGAAGAUUAAGCUAGGACGAAAGGACCGCAGUGUCGAGAGGGGCAAGGGCAGGAGGAGGGGUGGCAGAACUAGAGCCAAACCCGUAGUUAGCGACGACGAUACCGAGGAAGAGCAAGAGGAGGAGCGCUCAAACAGUGCCAGUGAGGAAGACCAGGGAUGAAGACGCUAGUCCAUGUAAACUGCACAUGCUCUCUCUAAAAACUACAUGGUACCACUCAUCCUUAUUUCAGCAUACUGGGAGCACUUUUUUAGGCUGUUUGAGUCAAGUGUAGACAUGAUAGUUUUCCACAACUCCCCAAAGUAGACUGGAGAAAUGUGGACCUCAAGCGCUGACAGAGAUGACAGCAAUUUUUUCACACCAAACACAUGUUAGGUUAUCAUUUAUCUAGGAGCUAAUUUUGGCCUCCAGACACUGACACUGGACAUGGCUAGUCUGCAUAUAUACAAGUUUUCCUCACAGUGUGGACUAGGCUAGCUAGCUAUAAGUAAAUUACCUAGAUAGUUGAAUCUAAGUGAACCAUGUCAUUUUAAACCAAAAUGUGUAUUGUUAGUAAAGCCUUGCAUGUUCUAUAAUGUUUUGAUGUGGAUGCAGCUUGGAGCACACUGCCCAUUGUGGACCCAUUUGUCUUUACUCUGAAAUGUUGCUCAGCCAUAUAUUGGGUAAAGUUGAAGGUGCAUACUGUCUGUAUGUGUCUGUAUGUGUGUGCGAGUGUGUGUACAUGUAUUUAGUUUCUGGUAUCGUGCUGAUGUAAUUUUUAGGGCAUUUUAAGUCAUAGGCUUGAUGGACAAUAGCGUAAGGUCCAGCUGCAUGUAUUUAAGAUUAGUGCGUUAGCUGUUACAUUGCUGUAUCAGCUUUAGUUUCCUACCUUGAGGUACUUUUAACUAAAUGUUAAGACUGCCACCAAGAUAGUGUGUAAGAACCAUUGAGCUCCACAUAUCUCAACUCUUAAAACAUGUAUCUGACACACCAUUGGUAUAAAGGAUAGUCUUGACGUGUAAGUUGCUCUAGAUAAGAGCGUAACUUGGAUCAAAUGUAAUAUUAAUGUUGUUUUUGAACGUGGAUGCUCUGUAAUAGUAUGCUGAAGCUCUGUAGCCUUGAAGUGUAAGCUUUACUUUUGUAGAAACGUAACUUGAUGUAAUGUAGAUUUUGUUCAUGUUUUAAAAUCCCUGAGUGUGCGGAUGUCUCCACUGUUGUGGUGGAUGUUCAGAUAACUAUCUGUCCCUGCAGAGAGUAAAACAUAUGACUUUUUUUCUGUAUCGUAUUAGUUGAGUGUCAGUGGACACUCAGAAAUAACAAUAAAAUGCUGUAAUGCAACUUGA